UUUUAUAAAUAAAAUAUCAAAAAAUUCCUCGCAAAAACAACUGAAAACGCAAAAAUGGUGAUGGUCACGUUCGUUUUCGAGUUUGACCGUGCAGACAAGCGGUACAAAGCUGGUGACACAGUUUUCUGUAAGUUGCAUGUGACAGUUCACGAACGCUUCAAAGCACGUUCCCUUUCGUUGAGAUUUGCGGGAAAAGCCUACACACAGUGGUCGAAAACGGGACUCGGGCGUUAUACCGUUUACAAAGGGAAGGAAGAGUACUUUCGUGAAUAUCAGUUUUUCUUUGGAUCCUUGAAUGGACCGGCAGAGGACGUUAAACCCGGCAAAUAUCAGUACGAAUCAAGUUUUGUGUUGCCCAAAUCGCUUCCAUCAAGCAUCGCACAUCCUUAUGGCUGUAUCCGUUACACGGCAAGUGCUCGUUACGAAGUGGCAUGGGACUUUAAUUUUAAAGGUGCCGAGGAAUUUUACGUGAAAACGAUUGUCGAUCUCGCCGAUCAACCGGAACUCAAGAAUUGCGUGAAAGAAGUUUCCAAAAAGGGAUAUUCGUAUUUUUCGGGUUGCUGUGAUGCUGGUUUUGUCUAUUUGAAAACCAUUUUGCCUCGAGGUGGCUGGCUGCUGAACCAGCCGAUCUCCAUCGAUGUCAUUGUCGAUAACAAGUCGAAGUUGAAUGUGAAGUUGAUUAAAGUCAAGUUGAGGGAACGGAUUACUUUUCAUUCGAAAGAACCAAAGCCUUCAAUCAAAGAAACAACAAAAACAAUUGCCAAAUACUCUUUCGACACGGUAAUUCCGCAGUUCCAGGACAAGCUCUUUCAAAUUCAGUUCGACUACAAUCCGCUCCAAGAAUGGAAAUUACUUCAAGGAUGCAGCAUCAUUACAUGCGAAUAUUUCAUCGAAUCCCAAGCAUUUGUCAAUAGUUGUCGUUUACCGACGGUAAAUGUCACAAAAAUUACUUUCGGAACAAUUUCCAGUGAUGAAAAUGGAAGUGCGACAACUCUCACUGCAAAGUCCAUUAAAGAUGUCGAUCUCACGGAGGAACAUCCUGUUCCGGCAAUUUUGCGAGAAACUCCAAUUUUGAUAAGGGAGCCACCCAAGUCGAGAGAAUUGAGUCCGAUACCGUCAAUUGGCAGCAAUAUUAAUUGGUCAUCGGAUUUGGGAGAAAUUCCCGAUGUGGAUGUGGAGAUGGCGCACUUGAGCUUUCUCGAUGAUCCGCCGACGGCUUUGUUUCCUGACCAACCAAACAGCUAAAAAGGUUUCAACUUUUUCCAUUUCCAUUAAAUACUCCAUUUUACAAUUUUUCC